UAUGAGUCUAUAAAAAUGGGGAAGUUCAGAUCUAAAAUCAAGGGUAAGACAAAAGGGAAGAGAUGGCAGAAGGGCCAGUCCUCGAAUUCCAAUCCCAAAUCUCAAAAAUACCGGGAAAUGGCAAAAUCACGCUUUUUCCAGGAGAAUUUGGGAAGCACUGGCUUAACACAUCAAGCCGUAUUAAAACACGAAGCAAUGAUGACGUAUGGUCAUAACAAAGAUAAACAAAAAUCUCAAGCAGAACAAGAACUUACUAUAGCAAAAGAGUUUGAAAACAUGUCCGUAAAGACAGGAGAAGAAGGUUCAGGGUCGGAGUAUACGGAGUCCAUGAAAUCUGGGACAUUUAAGACAUUCCAAACUUUUGCUUCCGAUUGGAGCCAGUGUUCUAAUGUUAGUUUUAGCAAACUCUUGAACAGAUUUGACUCAAACAACUCAAUCCAUAAAGAUAUGCUAGCAGUACUGGCAGCAGUUACAGAGGUUAUCAAAGAACAGGGUGGGAAGGAGAGCACUACUGAAUAUUAUGCUGCUUUGAUGGAAACUUUAAAAUCUUCGGAAGAUGAACAAAGCAUCGUACCAACACUCUCACUUUUAUCAAUGGGCAUUAAAUCAGUUCCACAAGCCGUAUUACGCAAACAGUUUUCAGAUUCCGCUACAGUAUUUGUAAAUAUUCUCGAGAAGUAUGCCUCAUCGGAGAAUGGAGCUAUAUUAAGGAGUGCUAUUGGAUGUCUUUCCGUGUUGUUGCGAGCUCAGGAGUAUGCACUGUGGGGCGAUUCGUCAACAUUGAGAGUUUUUGAGUCUGUACUGGCUUUUGUUUUGCAUUCAAAGCCUAAGGUGCGAAAAGCGGCACAACACGCUGUUACUGCUGUGUUGCGAGCCAGCUGCUUCAUGCUGCCUUCCGAAGACCUUAAAGUCAAAGUCCCAAAACUCCAUCCAGCAUCGAACAAAGUGGCAGAAUUCUGCUUAUCUCAGAUAAAACCCGAAGCGUUGCUGUCAGGCCAUCGAACUGUGUUGCAUACGCUCACUAUGCUCCGGGAUGUCAUGCCUGUCUUUAGUAAGGAUUAUAUUAAGACAAACUGCGAAGCUAUCCUUUCGCUAAUGACCCACAACAACGUCUAUAUCAAAACGUGCUGCCUUCACACUCUACACGCACUUUUCUCAGUGUCUAAAGAUACUAGCAACCUAUCUGCCAACCUAGCGGUCCAACUGAGCCGGGCUUUAAUGGCCGCUAGACCACCUGCUAGUGAUUGCGGACAAGUUCUAGCCUGGGCUGCCGUGUUGCAACAAGCUUAUACUUGUCUUGCUAGCCUGGAUCUGAACUUGUGCUUACCGAAUUUGCCUGCCUUUGUGAACAUCUGUGUAUCUGAGCUAUGGUUGUCUGACGUGACUGAUAUCAUCGCAGCCGCUACGAAUGCUUUGAAGGCGAUCCUUCUAGACUGCGUAAAGCCGUCAAUCGAGUCUGCAGAAUCAUUUGCAAAGCAUCGCCAUCACAUCGAGUCUGUAAUAAAGACAAUUGGUACUGGACUGGACAAUCCCUUCAACCAAGCUGUUAAGCACGUCAUACUUACCAUAGCUGUUUGUUUCGAGAUCGGUAACGAAAAACUGUCAUACAUUCUCGGACCUCUUCUCAAAAAACUAAACGACAGGCGCGAAAGUCACAAUUUCCACAACAACAAAGAAGUAGAAUAUGCCACUGGAUGCGCCAUCAAAUCCCUAGGUCCCGAAUUCGUAUUGAAAAACAUACCUCUAAGGGAAGGCCCCGAAUCAAUCAACUUGGAAAGAAGCUGGCUGCUACCGGUUUUAAAAGAAAAAAUUACAAAUUCAAAUUUAAAAUACUUCGCAACAGAAAUACUAGAAAUGGCAACAUUCUGUCGUAAAAAGUCCAGAGAAUUAACGCAAGCGAAAGACGUACCAGGGUCACACACAUACGAAUUGCUAUGCAAUCAAUUUUGGGCGUUAUUACCAAGCUUCUGCAACCAUCCUAAAGAUAUUAAAGAUUUUAAGUUGUUAGCAAGGGUGUUAGGCAGUGUGCUUAAAGACAAUCCGGAGUUUCGUUUAUCUGUAAUGCAAGCACUGAGGAAAUUGAUCGAUUGUUCAAAGGACAAUGAGGAAGACAAACAAGAAUUGGCGCGGUUCGCCAAAAAUUAUUUACCAAUAUUGUUGAAUAUUUAUAUGUCACCAGCGAAAGGUAAUGCGGCGGAAGGACAGCGGUUGGCAGCUUUGGAAACUAUUCAGGUAUACCUGACUAUAUCAGACCAAACGCUCAGAGAAGAGCUCUUCAAAAAUGCACUACAGCAACUAGAGACGUCAACUGAUAAUCAUUUCCAACGUGAAUCGAUAUUGGAUAUCAUUCGAUUACUAGUGUUGUACCAGAGCAGUGAUGAUAUUAGUUACUUGUUUGAGAAAUGGGUGUUUCCAUUGUGUGAGACAGUGCUAGAAGAUCCUAGAAAGUUUAGAAAGAUGCAGAAGGAAAAACAGAACAAGGAAGAAGCUAUGGAUCAAGAUGCCACAGAAAAGAAAAAAUUCGACUUACGAUACAAAAACAAGGCUCGACUACUGGAAAUGGAGCACAAGAAAGCCUAUCGUAUAUUAGAGGAGAUAUUCAAGAGCGAAAAGGACAGCUGCAAGGAGUUCUUGACUAAGAAUUAUAAGAAAAUCAAGAAGUUACUUAUGACUUCGCUUAAUAAGGUCGCUGAUAGUAGUAAAGCUGCUAGAUUAAGAUGCAUAGAACACCUAAUAAAAUCAACACCGUAUCUGAAUAGCGAAAGCAAACUCCUAAAGAGUGCAAUAGCAGAGUCUGUGAUAUGCACAAAGGACAUUAACUCUAAAUGUCGCCAGUGUGCGUACAACCUUAUCAACAGUGUUGGUGAGGUCCUGAAGGGUCAGGAAGGCGGAAUGCAGUCCUUCGUGUCAAUGAUUUUGACCGGCCUCGAAGCGCCUGUACCUCGCAUCAUAAGCGCUACCUUACUCGCUGUAGCAUCAGCAUUAUUCAAUUUCUCAGAAGAUAUGGGACUGGAGACUGUACAGGAUCUGUUGGAAAAGGUUACGAAACAGAUGUUGUCCAACAAUAGAGAAAUUGUUGGCGCUGCGUUGAGUUUUCUUAAGGUUUAUACAAAAGUCCUACCCAACGAUGUUCUAGCAGGCAGUCUGCCCCUCAUAUUCAAGACCUUAUCUUCGAUGCACGAAGAUUGCAAACGGCAUUCACGUCUCGAAAUAGGAUACUUCCUAACCCGAAUGAUGCGGAAAUAUGGCGCCGAUACUAUCGAGAAGUUGAUACCUGGAACCGAUGAGGUAAUGUUGCGUCGGUUAAGGAAUAUUAGGAAGAUGGAUAAUAGAAAACAUAGACUGAAGGAGAACCAGAGAGAUCAACAAGAAUCCGACUCAGAAUUCGAAGUAAAAGGCACAUCGAAGACUCUAGAAGACAUCCUCAAAGACUCGGACUCCGAGAUGGAGUACCUUGAUGAAGAAGACCAAAGGCCUAAAGCGAAGAAGAAGAGAACACAGGCUUGGAUUCAGGAUGACCCGGAGAAUAUCGUCGACUUGGCUGAUGUGUCUGCUUCUAGAAAGAUUACAGCAACUGACCCAACACAAAAGAAAGCAGUACAAGUGAAAGAGAAGAAGAAAGACGGCGGUUUCAAAACUGCUCCAGAUGGUAGACUCAUCAUCAGUGAUGAUAUGUUCGAUGAUGAUGAAGCUGAUGACAAGCCGAAACCCAGUGGUGAUAUUGAUAGUAAUACGGAUGACACGGGUAAGUAAGACUUAACAAUAAGUUUUUCAAAAUUCCUUUUCUGAGUAUUAUUGCUGGAAAACUUAGUACAUAUUUAUAAGGUAUAAAUGUAUGAUGAUAUUUUUACUUAGAAGUAAUGAUAAAUUAAUGA